UCCGUGUGACUCGUAAUAUGUGUCAAGAGUGUGAGGGAAGAUUUCUCUAUGUAACAGACUGAAGCUAAUGUGUUUAACAGCAGAGCUCAGAAAAACAGAGGUUUGUCGAAGUAACAAGGUUUUCUCAAUUGAAUCCAUCACUGCAAAAACGGGACUUAUGCGAGAACAGUGCACUUGUCAAUAAAACAAAGAUUUACCAAGGAAACUUCUUGUCAGGAGGUGGUGAAGGAAAUAAGCCGGACAAGUCAGAAGAGGAUAUUUAUUUUGGGAAAUCGUAAUAUGAAAAAGGACCAGGUCGAGAUAUUAGGUUUUGUCCCUCAGAAAGAGAUCGUCUAUAACAAACUUCUCCCGUACGCAGAGAGACUAGACCGCGAAUCAAAUGACAUUUUGGCCCAGAUUAAAGGGAACUUGGGUAGGGCUGUCCAGCUUCGAGAAUUAUGGCCCGGGGUUUUGUUUUGGACCAGGAAACUGUCCACGUACCUCCGUCUAUAUGGGAGAAAGUUCAACAAGGAGGACCAUGUGUUCUUCAUCAAGCUUCUGUACGAGCUGGUCACCAUCCCCAAGCUGGAGAUCAGCAUGAUGCAAAGCUUUGCACGACUUCUCGUCAGCUUACUGAAGAAGAAAGAACUGCUUUCCCAGGAUGACUUGGAGUUGCCUUGGAGGCCUUUGUACGAUCUCUAUGAGAGUAUCCUGUACUCCAAAACUGAGCAUCUUGGUCUUAACUGGUUCCCAAAUUAUCGAGCAGAAGCCUCAACUAAACAAAAAAUGCUUAAUUUUGUGCGCAAGCGCUCAGUGGAGAACGUGUUAAAGACACUAGUCAAGAGCUGCAGGCCUUAUUUCCCUAAGACUGCCACACAGGAGAUGCUGGAUGAGUGGCGGCCGUUAUUGUGCCCAUUUGAUGUCACUAUGCAGAAGGCCAUUAGCUACUUUGAGCUUUUCCUGCCCACCAUCAUGCCCCCAGAACAGCACCACAAAGGCUUCAAGUUAUGGUUUGAUGAACUCAUAGAUCUGUGGGUCUCAGUCCAGAACUUGCCUGCUUGGGAGGGUAAUCUUGUAAAUCUUUUUGCUCGUCUUGCUAAUGACAACAUUGGUUAUAUAAACUGGGAUCCAUACAUUCCCAAGAUCUUCACCAGAAUACUUCGUAGCUUUAAUCUGCCUGUUGGCACCAGCCAAAUGAUAGUUCCCAGGUACGUGACCAACUCUUACGAUAUUGGUCACGUUGUCCUUUGGGUUUCAGCCAUGCUGGGUGGCUCACAGAACCAGGCCCAGAAACAACUUAAUGGGCUCUUCAGCAGUAUAGCAUCCUUUUACCACCCCUCCAACAACGGCCGAUGGCUGAUGAAGUUGAUGAAGCUUCUACAGCGUCUGCCUGCCAGUGUGGUUCGGCGGCUACACCGGGAACGCUAUAAGAAACCUUGCUGGAUCAGUCCUGUUCCCCCCAGCCACAGGCUCACUGACCAGGAUGUGACCGAUUUUGUAGAGAGCAUGAAGCAGCCAGUGCUAAUGGCCAUGUUUAGCAAGACAGGCAGCAUGGAUGCAGCCCAGGCCCUUCAGAAUCUCGCCCUUAUGAGACCGGAGCUGGUCAUCCCUCCUGUGCUGGAGAAGACGUAUCCAGCUAUGGAGACCCUGACGGAGCCACACCAGCUCACCGCCACUCUCAGCUGCAUGAUUGGCAUGGCGCGCAGUCUCCUCAGUGGUGACCGGCAUUAUCCUGAAGGGCCGGCACACGUCUUGCCCCUGCUUAUGAGAGCCUUGCCCGGUGUUGACCCCAAUGACUUCAGCAAAUGCAUGAUCACGUUCCAGUUCAUUGCUACUUUUACUACUUUAGUGCCUUUGGUGGAUUGUUCGUCAGCCCUCCAUGAGAAGAAUGACUUGACAGAGAUGGAGAGAGAGUUGUGUUCAGCCUCUGCAGAGUUCGAAGACUUUGUUCUGCAGUUUAUGGACAGGUGUUUCGCGUUGAUUGACAGCAGCACACUGGAGCAGACGCGCGAGGAGACGGAGACUGAAAAGAUGACUCAUUUGGAGAGUCUGGUGGAGCUGGGGCUCUCAUCCACAUUCAGCACCAUUCUCACACAGUGUUCCAUGGAGAUCUUCAAGGUUGCUCUUGAGAAAGUCUUCAACUUUGCCACCACCAACAUCUUUGAGACACGUGUUGCAGGCAGGAUGGUGGCCGACAUGUGCAGAGCCGCUGCUAAGUGUCACCCUGCUGAGUCUCUCAGGCUGUUUGUACCACACUGCUGCAACUCCAUUACUCACCUUACUGCCAAUGAGGAUGUUUCAAAUGAGGAAGAACUGGACAAAGAACUGCUCUGGAACCUUCAGCUGCUGUCUGAGGUUACUCGUGUGGAUGGAGAAAAGCUCCUGCCGUACCGUACGCAGCUGGUGCAGAUUCUGCAGCUAACCCUGCGGCUGCGCUGUAAGCAGGGCUACACGCUGGCCUGUAAUCUGCUCCACCACAUUCUGCGCUCCACAGUGCUCACUUACCCCACAGAUUACUGCAGUGUGCCUGGCGGGUUUAGCAGGCCUCUGCAAGAGCACCUGCCCAUUAAGGACUGGGGUCGCCCAGGAGACCUGUGGAACCUAGAGAUUAAGUGGCAUGUGCCGAGCGUGGAGGAGACAGCAUUUGUCUUCUACAUCCUGGACUUGCUGUUACAGCCAGAGCUCCAGCGCCUGCAGAGAUAUGCACAAGGAGAGCAAAACAUGAGCAGGGAUGAUGUUCUUCAGAGUCUGAAUAUAGUCCAGCACUGUUUGCUGGGAGCUGGCAGCAUGCUCCCCCCUUUAAACGGACCACCAGUCACUGGCCUUGUACCCAGCAUGAUGAGUCUGGAGGAAACAAAGCUGUACAUUGGUGUUGACUAUGACAUGUCCAGAGAGAAUUACCGGGAAGCUAUCUGCAAAGUAAUGAGACAGUUGCUUCAUUACAUUCUGGAACACUCGGAGGAUGACACCAAAUCACUUUUUGCCAUUAUCAAGAUCAUCAGCGACCUAAUGCAUUUCAAAGGUUCCCACAAACACGAGUUUGACUCCCGUUGGAAGAGUUUCACCCUGGUGAAGAAGUCCAUGGAGAACAGGCUUCAUGGAAAAAAACAGCACAUUCGAGCGCUUCUAAUCGACAGGGUUCUUCUUCAGCAUGAGAUGCGCAAGUUGUUGGUAGAAGGUUGUGUAUACAAAACCGUUCAUCAAGACCUGCUAAGGGACCUUCUGCGUCUCUCCACCAGCACCUACAGCCAGGUCCGCAGCAAGGCCCAGAACGUGUUGUUUUCAGCACUAGGCACAUAUAACUUCUGCUGCAGAGACAUUACUCCACUUGUCCUCGAGCUGCUGAAGCCCACACGGACCGAUGUCACCCAGCAACAGUUCAAGGGGGCACUGUACUGCUUGCUUGGGAACCAUGGUGGAGUGUGCCUUGCUAACCUACAUGACUGGGACUGCAUUGCUCAGACAUGGCCGGCCAUAGUGUGCUCUGGCCUCAGCUCAGCUAUGUCCCUGGAGAAACCAUCCAUCGUCAGGCUUUUCGAUGACCUCGCUGAUAAGGUCCACCGCCAAUAUGAGACCAUCGGCAUCGAUUUCACCGUACCUGAGAGCGCAGUGUUUCUGGGCCAAUGCAUCACAAACUCAAGCCAACCCACUCCCCACAUGGGCACCCCUACAGACCAGGAGCUGAAGCAGGGCCUGGCACUUCAACAGGCCAAAAACCAGGAGGCAGAGCGGAAAUAUGAACAUCUUGUGAGAGCUCUGUUGGAAUGUUUAGACAACCGGGACUUGCCUUGGAAGUUUGAGCACAUUGCUAUUGGCUUCCUGUCUCUACUCAUAAGAGAUGACUAUCCUCUACCCGCCUCUGCAGUGCGCUUCUUUGUACAGAGCCUUAACCAUGAUGCUCUUGUUGUUCGCAAGAUGGCGAUCGCUGCAGUGGCCGGAAUACUUAAACAGCUCAAAAGACCCCGGAAAAAAGUACCCAUCAGUCCAUAUGAUAAAAGUGGCGUAACAGAGCCGGAGGGGCUGGUGGCAGGUGACAGGCCAGGAAAUAACUGGCUGCAGUAUCACAGCGACAGCCUGCCACAAACCCAGCAGGCCUGGGACACUUUCUGCUUUGUUGAAAAGACACACUGGGGCUACUACUGCUGGCCAAACAAGUUGAUGGUUUAUGCCCCACCAGAUGAACAGCCCAAGAAUCUCUGUCCUGACAACAUGAGUGAGAGAGAGCGCAUUAUCUAUGACAAGUUCACAGAUCCCACAUUCAUUAAACAGCUCAUAGAGUUCUUGUCCCUGGAGGACCGAAAGGGCAAAGACAAGUUCAAUCCUCGUCGCUUCUGUCUUUUUAAGGGACUUUUCCGGAACUACAGCGACGCCUUUCUGCCCGUUCUCAAGCCUCAUAUGGAGAAGCUGGCAGGCGACUCUCAUGAGAGCACCCAGCGCUGUGUUGCAGAGAUCAUUGCAGGCCUGGUAAGAGGCAGCAAGCACUGGAGCUUUGGCAAGGUGGAGGCACUAUGGAAGUUCCUGAGUCCCUUGAUGCGAACGGCAUUAUCCAACAUUACCGUUGAGACCUACGCUGACUGGGGCACAUGUGUGGCCACAGCAUGUGAGAGCCGAGAUCCACGAAAGCUCCACUGGCUUUUUGAGAUGCUUAUGGAGUGUCCUCUCAGUGGGGAAGGAGGAUCCUUUGUUGAUGCGUGUCGCCUAUAUGUGCUUCAGGGUGGUCUGGCACAGCAGGAGUGGAGGGUCUCAGAGCUUCUGCACAGACUACUGAGUUACCUGGAGCCCAAACUCACCCAGGUUUAUAAGAAUGUGAGAGAGCGCAUCGGCAGCGUGCUGACAUACAUUUUCAUGAUUGAUGUCGCCCUGCCGUACACCCAACCUACAAAAUCCCCACGCAUCGCCGAAUUCACCGAGAGGGUGCUGUCUAAACUAAAGCCUCUGAUCGAGGGUGACGAGGAGAUCCAAAACCAUGUGGUGGAGGAGAAUGGAGUGGGUGAGCAGGAUGAAAGGACCCAGGCCAUCAAACUCCUCAAAACGGUUCUGAAGUGGCAGAUGGCCAGCGCCGGGCGCUCGUUCUCGACCCCAGUGCCACAGCAACUACAGCUACUACCCCUGCUUUUUAAGAUCGCUCCUGUUGAAAAUGACGACAGCUAUGAUGAGCUAAAGAGAGAUGCAAAAACCUGCCUGUCCCUCAUGUCUCAGGGGCUUCUGUAUCCUGAGCAGAUCCCUCUGGUUUUGGAGGUGCUACAAGAGAUCGCCGGCAGCAGCUCUUGGCACGCACGGUUCUCAGUGCUGACGUACCUACAGAUAAUGGUGUUCUAUAAUCUGUUCACCAUACUGAGCACUGAGCAGACCGUUCAGGAUGUAAGAGCACUGGUCAUCCGGCUGCUGGAGGACGAGCAACUGGAGGUGAGGGAGAUGGCUGCCACCACUCUCAGCGGAUUCCUGCAGUGCAACUUCCUAACCAUGGACGCCUCUAUGCAGACCCAUUUUGAGGCUUUAUGUAAAACCAGACUCCCAAAAAAGAGAAAAAGAGACUUGGGAUCUGUAAUGGACACAAUCCCUUCAGUCGAUCUGGUACGGCGUCAUGCAGGAGUGCUAGGACUCAGUGCUUGCAUCUUAUCCAGCCCGUAUGAUGUCCCAACCUGGAUGCCUCAGCUCCUCAUGGAUCUCAGCGCACACCUCAAUGACACACAGCCUAUCGAGAUGACCGUGAAAAAGACUCUGUCUAAUUUCCGCCGUACUCAUCACGACAACUGGCUGGAACACAAGCAGCAGUUCACGGAUGAUCAGCUUGUGGUGCUCACGGACCUUCUCGUGUCACCCUGCUACUAUGCAUAGACUGGAUGUGACCUUGUUGCUGCAGGUUUUAGUUAUUUCUUUUUAAAUUUAUAUUCAAAGAAUUUAAAAAUAUGGGGUGAUGAGAGAGGAACUCAGAUGAUUUGUUCAUCUGACGCGGCAGCAUCUGUUGCAGAAUCUCUCAAACCCAAGAGCGCAUGGGAGGAGGAGGCAUGUAUAGGCAUGAAGGAAUCACACGGUGUACUGAGAUUAAUGACCUACAAAUUCACUCUGUACGUACUGUUUGUAUGUAUAUAUAUCUACCCCGUAUUUUUGCAUUUCAACUAUACUUAAUAUUUAAGGUUCACCAGCGCAGGGAUGUACGGCCUGCAGUCUAUAAUAUUGUACAGAUAGUGUUAUUUUUUUCUCAUCCUCUGUGUGUACGUAAACUUUGUGAUGAAGGACAGAACGCCCUCUUCAUAUUCCGAUUCUCAAGCUUUUUUUCCCAUGAUCCUCAUCAUCAUCCUCUUCGAGUUAAGGUUUGUGAUAUCUGAUCUUAAGAAAGGGUCGUCUUAAACCCGGUAAUUGAAAUCAAUACAUACAGAAUUCAUAAUGUUAAGUGUUUUUUUUAUCAACACACAAAUUGCCGAUGCCACCAAAUUUGAAUCAAGCGAAAUGUGUUUUUGGUUAACUGGAAUUGUCAUUCCAUCUGUGCUUUUUUGGCAUUUCAUUCUCUGUAAGCAUGUGAUUUUUGUGACGUAAUGAGACAUCACAGACCAGCAUCUUUAAACCACAAGACCUACAUCAGUAUGGCAUAUUAAAAUUUACGUGGCGUUCUCCAGUAGUAAUUCUUUGGAAAAAGUUUGUGCUGAGCCCGUGUUAUGAAUCAUCGCCUAAGGAUGCACGUCUAAGUACUGUGUUAUUAUUGUGGUAUGUGUGAAGUCAGCUGUUUGUGGUCAGGUGAGGUACAGCACUCUGCUCACAUGCCAUUAUAACAGGGUUUUGUUUUGUGUCCUGUGCGUUUUCUGUAUUUAUUUGUGUAUGUAUUUAUGUACCGUACGUAUGCAUUUAUCUAUGCAUAAGACUGAGACUUCCACUAGUAAGAACAGCCCGAUCGGAUAAAAUUUGAGGCCAGUUGGUGCGAGAUACAUAUGCAUGUCAGUGUGAGUGUGCAUGUUUGUGGUUUGGCCGAGUUAUUCGGCUUAUCGGCAUGUGACAGGAAUGUCGAAGGUCUCCAUCCUCUCACACUGGAAUAUUUUAUUUUUUUGUCAUUAAUUUCUCCAGCCUCAGUACAGGACUACAUUAGAUCGUCCUCUGAAUCUCUCUCAGACACAUACAUGGCGCCAGAAAGGGCUUCAGGUUAUAGCCUGGUUAGUUCUGUUUUACAUUAUGGAGUGUGCAUUACAGAAUUAUUAUUUAGCUUAGUGCCAAAACUGCAGCGAUUUUUCUCUAUUUUUUUAGAUGUUUGCUUUGUUUUACUCAAGAGGCCAAUAAAUGUAUUGUUUUUAACAAAUGGAAAUGGCCUUUUUCUUCUAACGUUGGACACUAAUAUAUACUAACAUUAUUAGUAGUGCUUAGGAAAAAAUAAAGAGCCAGUACAUAAUUUGUGAUGUUGGUAAUUACAGUACCCAUUUUGUCAUGUAAUUCUUAAAGCUCUGCUCGGCCUUCAAGACCUGUUGGGAAAAUUUCUCUGCCAAUUCAAGAGAAACAAGAACAGUUAUUUUUUGCACUAUGUGAUAUCAAUUAGUUAUUUUAAUAUCUAACAAUCUAAAAUCAAAAUUAUUUUAGCAUUAUUUUUGAAAUCGAUAAAGUAAAAUGUCUGUAUGCACUUUGGUUGUAAGGAAUUUGGAGAGGGCACAUGGUUAAAGUUCCAAUGAAUUUUUUUUUUUAUGUAAUAUUGCAGUGUUUUUUAUAAACAAUUCAUCUGUGCAAGUCAUCAUUAUAUUUUUUUAAUCCAUGUGCCCUCAUAAACUUCAACCAAAAUCUGAAAAUGUACGAUCAUUCUCUGAUGACAUCAGUUAGACGGCUUGGGCGGGAGCAUCCGUUAACUCCGCCCCUCCAACUGUCAAGCCACACUCACAUUACCAGCGACUUUGUCGCUGGUCUCUUUUAAAAAGGUCGUUAGAAGGCGUUUCUUAAUCUGGUUGUCAU